GGUGUCGAAGAACCCGGAAGUGCGGGCUCCCGGAAAUACUUGGGUUUAGGUUCGUGAUUGAAGGUAGCGGAGAGGCCUGCCUGCCUGGGGUCGCCAUGGCGGAUCCCGCCGAGGAGCUUGCCAAGCUCGAGUACCUCUCGCUGGUCUCCAAAGUCUGCACUGAGCUCGACAACCACCUGGGGAUCAACGACAAAGACCUCGCUGAAUUUGUGAUAAACCUCGCAGAGAGACAUACAACCUUUGAUGCAUUCAAAGCAGCUUUAGUGAAGAAUGGUGCUGAGUUUACAGAUUCCCUCGUCAGCAAUCUUCUGCGUCUUAUACAGACAAUGAGGCCUCCUGCAAAACCUUCCGCUAGUAAAAGUACUGUUAAACCGAAAACAGAAAAAGAGAAGUUGAAGGAGUUAUUUCCUGCUCUCUGUAGGCCAGAUAAUCCUAUUGUCAGGACAAUGCUGGAUGAAGACGAUGUGAAGGUAGCUGCUGAUGCCCUAAAAGAGUUGGAAGCUUUAAUGCCAAGUGCAGGCAAGCAGGAGAAACACCGGAGCAGUGAGGACCAGAUGAAGAAGAGGCGGAGAAGCCGCAGUAGAGACCGGGAUCGAAAGCGGAAACAAAAGCCCAGCUCCCACUCGCGGACGCAGGAACGAAAUAAAGGCAAAUCUAGGUACCGCUCUAGGAGCAGAAGUCCCAGCCGGGAUCACAAGGAAAGGGAGAAGCCUGCGGACAAGGGAAGUGAGCGAUGGAGGGAUAAGCAUGUGGACCGACCCCCACCAGAGGAGCCUUCCAUUGGGGACAUCUACAAUGGCAAAGUCACCAGUAUCAUGCAGUUUGGCUGUUUCGUCCAGCUUGAAGGUCUCAGGAAGCGUUGGGAAGGGCUUGUCCACAUCUCAGAGCUGCGCCGAGAGGGGCGUGUCGCUAAUGUGGCUGAUGUCGUGAGCAAAGGCCAGAGGGUCAAGGUCAAAGUUCUGUCCUUCACUGGCUCCAAAACAAGCCUCAGCAUGAAGGAUGUGGAUCAAGACACAGGGGAAGAUCUGAACCCAAACAGACGCCGAAACCUUAUUGGAGAGAAUGAGGAGGCAGCAAUGAGAAACCCAGACAGGCCCUCCCAUCUGUCUUUAGUGAGUGCCCCUGAGGUGGAGGACGAUACACUGGAACGGAAGCGCCUCACCCGCAUUUCAGACCCAGAGAAAUGGGAAAUCAAGCAGAUGAUUGCUGCCAAUGUGCUCUCCAAGGAGGAGUUCCCUGACUUUGACGAGGAAACGGGGAUCCUGCCCAAGGUUGAUGAUGAAGAAGAUGAGGACCUGGAAAUCGAACUGGUAGAAGAGGAGCCGCCAUUCCUGCGAGGGCACACGAAACAGAGCAUGGACAUGAGCCCGAUCAAGAUUGUGAAGAACCCUGAUGGCUCCUUGUCUCAAGCCGCCAUGAUGCAAAGUGCUUUAGCUAAAGAGAGGCGGGAACUGAAGCAGGCCCAGCGAGAGGCAGAGAUGGACUCCAUCCCCAUGGGACUCAACAAGCACUGGGUGGAUCCCCUCCCAGAUGUGGACGGAAGGCAAAUCGCUGCCAAUAUGCGAGGUAUCGGCAUGAUGCCCAAUGACAUUCCAGAGUGGAAGAAACAUGCUUUUGGAGGUAACAAAGCCUCUUACGGUAAAAAGACUCAACUGUCAAUCAUUGAGCAGCGCGAGAGCCUCCCAAUUUACCGACUGAAAGAUCAGCUAAUCCAGGCAGUCCAUGAUAACCAAAUUCUGAUAGUUAUUGGCGAGACUGGCUCUGGGAAGACUACACAGAUCACGCAGUACCUUGCUGAGGCUGGCUACACCUCCCGUGGGAAGAUCGGCUGCACGCAGCCUCGCCGAGUGGCUGCCAUGUCUGUGGCCAAGAGGGUAUCGGAGGAGUUUGGUUGCUGUUUGGGACAGGAGGUUGGCUACACCAUCCGAUUUGAGGAUUGCACCAGCCCUGAGACAGUGAUCAAGUAUAUGACAGAUGGGAUGCUGCUGCGAGAGUGCCUCAUCGACCCUGACCUGACGCAAUACGCCAUCAUCAUGUUGGACGAAGCCCAUGAACGCACGAUACACACCGAUGUGCUCUUUGGUCUCCUGAAAAAGACAGUUCAGAAGAGACAGGACAUGAAGCUGAUUGUGACAUCAGCUACCCUGGAUGCAGUUAAGUUUUCCCAGUACUUCUACGAGGCCCCCAUCUUUACCAUCCCAGGCAGGACAUACCCUGUGGAAAUUCUCUACACGAAGGAGCCAGAGACGGAUUAUCUGGACGCCAGUCUGAUUACAGUCAUGCAGAUCCACUUGACAGAGCCACCAGGAGACAUUCUGGUGUUCUUGACUGGCCAAGAGGAGAUUGACACAGCCUGUGAAAUUCUGUAUGAGCGGAUGAAAUCCCUGGGUCCUGAUGUGCCCGAGCUGAUAAUCUUGCCUGUUUAUUCAGCACUGCCUAGUGAGAUGCAAACACGGAUCUUCGAUCCAGCUCCCCCAGGCAGUCGAAAGGUGGUCAUUGCCACAAACAUUGCUGAAACUUCACUUACCAUUGAUGGUAUCUACUAUGUGGUAGACCCCGGCUUUGUGAAGCAGAAAGUGUACAACUCCAAGACAGGGAUUGACCAGCUAGUGGUGACACCAAUCUCCCAGGCCCAGGCCAAGCAGCGAGCUGGGAGAGCCGGAAGAACAGGUCCCGGCAAAUGCUACCGACUCUAUACAGAGCGUGCCUACCGUGAUGAGAUGCUGACCACCAAUGUGCCUGAGAUCCAGAGGACCAACUUGGCAAGCACUGUGCUGUCUCUCAAGGCUAUGGGGAUCAAUGACCUGCUUUCUUUUGACUUCAUGGAUGCCCCUCCAAUGGAAACUCUGAUCACUGCAAUGGAGCAGCUGUACACUCUGGGGGCCCUAGAUGACGAAGGGCUGCUCACCCGACUGGGACGCAGGAUGGCGGAGUUCCCCCUGGAGCCCAUGCUGUGCAAGAUGCUCAUCAUGUCAGUGCACCUGGGUUGCAGCGAGGAGAUGCUCACCAUCGUUUCGAUGCUGUCUGUGCAGAAUGUCUUCUAUCGACCCAAGGACAAACAAGCUCUUGCUGACCAGAAGAAAGCCAAGUUCCACCAGACCGAAGGGGAUCACCUCACACUUCUGGCUGUCUACAAUUCCUGGAAGAACAACAAGUUCUCCAACCCUUGGUGCUAUGAAAACUUCAUCCAAGCCCGCUCAUUGCGCCGUGCCCAGGAUAUUCGCAAACAGAUGCUGGGCAUCAUGGAUAGGCACAAGCUGGACGUAGUGUCAUGUGGGAAAGCAACGGUUCGUGUCCAGAAGGCCAUUUGUAGUGGCUUCUUCCGGAAUGCAGCCAAGAAAGACCCCCAGGAGGGCUAUCGGACCUUGAUUGACCAGCAGGUGGUUUACAUCCAUCCCUCAAGUGCCCUCUUCAACCGCCAACCGGAAUGGGUAGUAUACCAUGAGUUGGUGCUUACAACCAAGGAGUACAUGCGGGAAGUCACCACCAUCGAUCCGCGCUGGCUGGUAGAGUUUGCUCCCGCCUUCUUCAAGGUCUCUGACCCCACCAAACUGAGCAAGCAGAAGAAGCAGCAGCGUCUGGAACCACUUUACAACCGCUAUGAGGAGCCCAAUGCCUGGAGGAUAUCACGGGCAUUCAGGCGCCGAUGAGCCCUCCUUGAAUGCCAAGGCCCACUGCACACCUCUUUGUCAUGCAGUCCAAUUCCAAGUUUACCUGGCCGACUGUUGUCAAAGGAUGGAGGGAGGUUAAAAAAAAAACAAACCACAGCUCCCAAAGACAAAGCCACCACCUGAUUGCUAUUGUGACUAAUCCAGAGACACGCCUCCCUUGGACAAAAGUGUUCUGUCAGUUCUUUUUCUGUGAAGUCCCAUGGCCAAGGGUUGCUGUGUAAUUUUGGACCUACUUGUUUACUGAAAGACCUACUUAAAUUUUGGUUUAUACGCUGCCCAAAUUGGGAACUGAGAGAGAACAUCGAACUCUCACCUUGUGAUUCCUUUAGAACCCUUGCAUCUCCUCCCAUCCCAUGCACACUUAUCUUUUGCUGUACAAGCCAUCAAAAGCAACCCAGUGCAGCAGAAUGGCUGUGCUUUUGACCAAAGCAAGAAGGAGGUCUAGAUACCAGUAUAGGAUGGUCUUGUUUUGAUGUAGCCUGUUUGGGUAUACUGCGGUGUAACUGUCCCCUUCCUUUCUGAGUCUAAACUUCCACAGAGACUUUUGUUGUAAUAUAUAUAUUAGCUUUUUAAAAAGUGUUAACUCAUCUCAGAACUGUUAUAUGUCAUAAAAGUUAUUUGUCCUGUGUUUCUUCAAAAAACCUGCUCAGGUUUUUUUAUUUAAGAAAAGAGAAAAACUUG